AUGGAGGGCGACUCCAUGCCUGAUGCUGGAACAUCCCCGUCCUUGCGAUUGCAGACGACCGUUGGCGACUUCCCUGCGCCCUCUCUGUCGCCCUCUUUCAAGCUCGACGAAGGAUACUCUGAUGAGACCCGAAGUCAAGCAGAGAAGGACCCGGGCGCGGACAAUGUUAUGAUGCUCCCAAAUUGGGUGCUUGCUCAGAGCGAAGCCGGAAGAGCAGAGCUCGCGUACAGCCUCCUACGAUCCCUACGCACCUCAAGCAUCGCCGCAGUAGUCGAGCGACUCAAUCCCAUUCUUCAUAUGGACCCCGUUGCCAAACUUCCUCCUGAACUCACAUGGGAAAUUUUCUCCUACCUUGACCCCCAAACACUCUUGAACUGUUCGCUUUCGUCCCGCGCGUGGCGUGAACGAAUUCUAGACUCGGGUCUAUGGCGAUUUCUCUAUAUCAACGAAGGAUGGCGUAUGGAUGUGCGAGCGAUUCGUGCCUUUGAAAAGGAGCAGUCCGAACCCAUCUCGCCCCAGUCCCGGAAGUCUCGCCUGCGACACAACGAUCCAGACAUCGGGGAGCCUAAGCACAAAAAGCGCGUGCCUCCAACCUGGCUUUCUUCGCGAAGCACCGAAGAACAACGAGUCGCUGGGCUUAACUUUUCACCCUCAGUGGCCGACAAUGAGGGUGAUCACCACAUGACCGACGACGACCAAGCUACUCCUUCGCUGGCCGGCUCAAAUCACACCCCGCCCAACCCUUCCCUCCAAAUCCCUUCCUCGCUGUACCCGCCUGUGCGAUCGUCCCUCGUCACGCGUGCUCCUAACGGAAGUGUCAAGGUCAACUGGUCCCAUCUAUACAAGCAACGCAGGCGGCUUGAGAAGAACUGGCACCAAGGGCGAUACACCAAUUUCCAGCUUCCCGAUCCAUCCUACCCCGAGGAAGCGCAUCGAGAAUGUGUCUAUGCGAUUCAGUUCGAAGGAAGAUGGUUGGUCAGUGGGAGUCGAGACAAGACAGUCCGUGUCUGGAAUCUGGACACAAAGCGUCUAUGGCACGCUCCGCUAAUCGGUCACGCAAAGUCUGUUCUCUGUCUUCAAUUCGAUCCUAGCCCUGAGGAAGAUGUCAUCAUCUCUGGUAGCAGCGACAAAACCAUCAUCGUCUGGAAAUUCUCAACCGGUGAAAAGAUUCAUCAGAUCACCAAGGCACAUGCAGAUUCGGUCCUAAACCUGAAGUUCGAUCAUCGCUACCUGGUUACCUGCUCUAAAGACCGAACGGUCAAGGUCUGGAACCGCAAGGAGCUUUUGCCGAACGACGAAAACUACCCACGCAUCUGCCGAGGAGGUAGUGCAACUUAUCCUUCGCACAUAAUUGAUCUGACCGAUAUCGCGCCAAACAUGCUCGAGGCUAGCAUCGCCAAUGGGCAAAUCAAAGCCUUGCAACCUUAUUCGUUGCUCAUGACUGUGGAAGGGCACGGGGCUGCGGUCAAUGCGAUGCAGAUUCACGGCGAUGAGAUUGUAACUGCAUCUGGUGACCGUAUGAUCAAGGUUUGGAGCAUUCGCAAUGGUGCGUGUUUGAAGACUUUGAUGGGCCACGAGAAAGGUAUCGCGUGUGUCGAAUUCGACAGCCGAAGGAUUAUCAGUGGCAGCAAUGAUAACACAGUCCGCAUUUAUGAUCAUGUAUCUGGGGCCGAGGUAGCGUGCCUUCGCGGUCAUAGCAACCUUGUUCGCACUCUUCAAGCUGGCUUUGGCGAUCGUCCUGGGGCUGACGAAACCUUGCGAGAAGAAGCGCGAGCAGUGGAAAAUGAAUUCUACGCCGCUCAAGCGGCCGGAGAAUCCGUUGAGUUAGGUGCUAGGGAACAACGACGAACCGGCCAUCGAGUCGAUACUACAGGAUCUCGGGACCCUCGUGAUAUCAUUGCGCUCGGAGCAAAGAUCCCCCCUGGUGGUGGAGGUAGCAGCUGGGCCCGCAUCGUCUCAGGAUCCUACGAUGAGACCAUCUUGAUCUGGCACAAGGAUCGUGAUGGCAGAUGGACAAUGGCUCACCAACUACGACAAGCUGAUGCCGUUACCAACGCCGCUCGUGGGAAUCUCAGCCAAGUAGCACGGACUACUGUCGCGGCUCAGGCUCAACAGCUGCAAGCUGCACAAGUUCUGAUGACACUUCCGCAGACAGGACAAAACGGUGGAAAUAACACAGCUCAAGCCGGACCUGCAAACCAGAACAAUCAGACUGCUCACGCCAAUGCAGCUCCUCCAGUUGGAACACUCGCGCAGGCACCCUAUCCUCCCCCCGCCCACCACCAUCAUCACCACAUCCACGCACGGAGACAGCCACUUGUUCCUACUCCCACAGCCAGAGUAUUUAAACUCCAAUUCGAUGCACGAAAGAUCAUUUGCGCCAGUGUCGACCCGCGCAUUGUGGGAUGGGAUUUCGCCUGUGAUGACGAAGAACUCAUUGAGGCAUGCCCAUUCUUCCAGGGAUUAUAG